AUGGAAGCAAUUUCAUCUCUAAGAACCGAGGGUCGUAUCGGUGUUCAAUUCUCCGAGAUUCUCCCCAGAACCAGUCAUGGGCUUUCUGGGUUUUAUCCAUUUUCUCAGGAAAGUAAAUCAAAAUCAAAUCUUUUCCCGGUUAUGAGCCUCGAUCUGAAGGAACAUCCCAUGGCUUCAAGUUCAACCAACCAAACCCUAACCGCCAUACCUUCUUCUCCUGCAAAGACGUCAUCGUCGUCGUCAGUUGGUAUGAGUAGAGGAAUGAGAUGGUGGGAAAAGUCAACGAAACACAACAUGUUAGAGAUUCACUCUGCAGACGAUCUCGUUGACUCGUUGUUAAAUGCUGGAGAUCGAUUAGUUGUUCUUGAUUUCUACUCUCCUGGUUGUGGUGGCUGCAAGUCUCUCCACCCAAAGAUCUGUCAAUUGGCUGAAUCAAACCCAAAUGUGAUGUUUCUGAAAGUGAAUCAAGAAGAGCUGAGAACAAUGUGUCAUGGCCUUAACGUUCAUGUGCUUCCCUUCUUUAAGUUCUACAGAGGAGCAGAGGGUAAAGUCUGCAGCUUCAGCUGCACUAUUGCCACCAUCAACAAGUUCAAGAAAGCGUUGGAUAAGCAUGGGAGCGAAAGAUGCAGUCUUGGGCCAGCUAAGGGUUUAGACGAGAAGGAACUUGCAGCUUUAGCAUCGGUAGGGGAACUGAAGAUUAAUCUGAAUUCAAUGAAAUUGCAUCAAGAUAACAUCUUCGGUUAUCAAACAGAGGAACAACAUCAAACAAUGCUGAUAUAG